GACGAGGGAAGGUCAUGCAUUGUGUCGGUGCUGCAUGACAAAACAAGUGUUCCCUGCAUCAGGCACGAAGGCGUUGUUUAGUUCAUGUUACAUUAUCGCAGUCUUCGGUCUCUUUAACUUUUCGGUGUGAGAAACUUGUGGUCUUUGCAAAGCUCCCUUCCCCCCACACACAAUGGGCGAGGAGGUGAGACUGCUGGCUCUCCCCGCCGUCUUCCUCACGCUGGUAAUGUUCGUCGUGUUCUGUGACCGAAGGACUCUCCUCCCGCAGGCGUGGACGAAGCCCAAGUUGACCCCGCAGCAGCUGGCGAGCCUCCGGCGCGACCUGAACUCGCUCUCCUCCAGGAUGCAGGACCUUGAAGCCGGUUCUUCCCGCACGGGCCGCGAACUCCGACUCCUGAAGAAGGUGGCGCAGAAGGUGGAGGACCAAGUCAAGGAGAAGAGAAUCAUCAAGGAUAUGUGCGGCGCCUUCUUCCCCUGCCACAGGAGGAAGCAGCAGCUCUUGCCUCCUGCGUCUACUACGGUCCUUCUGGGGAGACUGUUGGAGUAGGAGGGGAG